ACUCUUAAAGAGUCCGUGGCUUAUUUUUGUGUAUCUUCAUUUUAUUUUAAACUCGUAAUAAACGUAUUUUGAUAUAUUUUUCUUGGUAUAUGUAAACGGAGGUCAGUUAGUCUCAGCUAGUGUCAAUUGUUCGUGGAUUCCGCAAAUUAAUCCUGAUACGUGACGUCGUAGUUUUCAUUGUAUUAUACGUUACGGCUUUCGCAGUAUUUAGUAGACGCAUUACCGCUACUAGUACCUACCGUUAAAACUGAGAGAAAAUUUGAAGGGGACUGCUGACCAGGAGACCGGCGUACUCAAGUCAGGCGAUGCUAUUAUGCCAGUGUUCAAAUCAUGCCUGCCUGCUAUGUAUAUUUCUGUGGAAAAGCGUAAUUUAUGUGCGUUCGCGAACGACUCCCAAGAUGAUGAACUAAAAAUUAAACCUGCAAAACUUGUGCCCAAUUAAUAAUGGCAGCGCGUAUUUCUAAGCGCCUAACUCUGAAGGAGGUUCGACAUUGGCCCGAAAAGUGAAAACGAGGGUGAGUAAAGACGUCGCGGCUUGGUUUCGUUUUCUCGUAGGCGACUCAUUAUUGUCCUCGAUCAAUUAGGUGUGGUUGUACGUUGCGUGCCAGUCUUUCAGCCAGGGUAACAGUGGGAUGACCCAGUACCCGAAUCGCCCAAGAAAGACGCAACUGCUAAUGCAUUGUAGUUUGUGAUAAAGUUACCACGGAUAUCGUACCGUGUAACGUGCUGUUAUCGGACUGCUUUUCUGUCGUCACCGCGUCGCGGACGUGUCGUUGUGUGGUCGCGACCGAUGCGGGGUUGUGAGGGUGCGUGACGAGUGCAUCUGUCAUGGUGACGUCAUGGUGCGCGCUGGCGUUGCUGGCGGCACUGCACAUGUGCCAGGGGGCUCGUGACACGGUCUACCACAAUCACUUCGCGGUUCACGUGCCUUCUGGACCGGAACACGUGGAUGACAUCGUGAGGAGACACGGAUACGUCAAUCACGGACAGAUUGGUUCAUUGAAAAAUUACUAUUUAUUGUCACAUCACGAAGUACAUAAGCGAUCGACGGAGCCGAGUCACGAGCACCAUAGUAAACUAAGGGACGAACCACAGGUAGCGUGGUUCGAACAACAACAUGAGAAACGUCGCUUCAAGCGCGAUUAUAACGCCUACGAUAGGGCUUCUUUCGGUCAACUGCCGCGGCGUACGUCACCUCACCGAGCGCACAAUAGAGCGCUGUCCUCACAGCCCUACUUCACCGAUCCGUUAUAUAAGGAACAAUGGUAUUUGAAUGGCGGUGCUAAAGAUGGACUUGACAUGAACGUGGCGCCAGCAUGGCAAAAGGGAUAUACAGGCAAGGGCGUUGUAGUGUCAAUAUUAGAUGACGGAAUACAAACAAACCAUCCAGAUUUAGCACAGAAUUACGAUCCUCUAGCAUCGACGGACAUAAACGGCAACGAUGAUGACCCUAUGCCACAGGACAAUGGCGACAAUAAACACGGCACAAGGUGUGCAGGCGAAGUCGCAGCUGUCGCUUACAAUCGCUACUGUGGUGUGGGUAUUGCCUACAACGCCAGCAUAGGAGGAGUUAGGAUGUUAGAUGGAAUUGUCAAUGAUGCAGUAGAAGCAAGAGCGUUGGGAUUGAAUCCAGAUCAUAUUGACAUCUAUAGCGCUUCCUGGGGACCGGAAGACGAUGGCAAAACAGUUGACGGUCCUGGACCUUUGGCCAGAAGAGCAUUUAUAUAUGGUGUUACGAGCGGUCGUCGUGGCAAAGGCUCUAUCUUUGUCUGGGCUUCCGGUAACGGCGGAAGGCACACCGAUUCAUGUAACUGUGACGGCUACACAAACAGCAUAUUUACUCUAUCGAUAUCUAGUGCAACACAAGGAGGCUACAAACCUUGGUAUCUCGAAGAAUGUUCUUCCACUUUAGCUACCACUUACAGUUCGGGUACUCCGGGUCACGACAAAAGUGUGGCGACUGUUGAUAUGGACGGUAGACUGAGGGCUGACCACAUUUGUACAGUAGAACACACGGGAACUUCAGCUUCUGCACCAUUAGCAGCUGGAAUAUGUGCUUUAGCUCUUGAAGCAAAUCCUGAAUUAACAUGGAGAGAUAUGCAAUAUCUGGUUGUAAUGACGUCUAGGCCUGAACCGUUAGAAAGAGAAAAGGGUUGGAUCAUCAAUGGAGUCAAGAGGAAAGUUAGUCACAAAUUCGGAUACGGUCUUAUGGAUGCCACGGAAAUGGUAAAUUUGGCCGAGCAGUGGGUAACGGUUCCACCUCAACAUAUCUGUAAAUCGCAGGAGUUGAACGAAGACAAGUCGAUGGACUCUACUUUGGGCAAUUCAUUAAGGACAUAUAUGGAUGUAACUGGAUGCAGUGGUACGGUGAAUGAAGUGCGUUACCUAGAACAUGUCCAAUGUAAAAUAUCGUUGAGGUUCUUCCCCCGUGGUAACCUGCGUAUAUUAUUAACUUCACCAAUGGGUACUGUAUCAACAUUAUUGUUCGAACGACCUCGUGACGUGGCUAGUUCUACCUUCGACGAUUGGCCAUUUUUGAGCGUUCAUUUUUGGGGAGAACAAGCAGAAGGUAGAUGGACAUUAGAAAUAAUAAACGCCGGCAAAAGGCACGUGAACCAGGCGGGCGUUCUCAAGAAAUGGCAGCUGAUAUUCUACGGAACUGUCAUAGAUCCCGUUCGGUUACGAUCAAAGAGACCGUCGCCAUUUGCACCGUCAUACGCGUUUCCAACGGCAGCGGAUGGCUACGACACAAUCAGUGAUUCUUUUUACAAUACUGACGCGUUUGCUAAUUACCAGAACUUUCCAAAUUUAUUCGCCGCUGGGUCCAACCCGGAAAAGGCGGUAGCCCGUCUCGACGGACAUAACGUCCCUUCACCGCAUGGGGAAAAUGUCCUCGCCGAUAGUAAUGACAAGCGCGUCAUGCACGACUGUGAUCCCGAAUGCGAUUCUCAAGGAUGCUACGGAAAAGGACCGUCCCAAUGUGUGGCUUGUAAACAUUACCGUUUAGAUGACACGUGCGUUUCUCGUUGCCCACCGAGAAGCUAUGCCAAUCAAGGGGGAGUUUGUUGGCAAUGUCACGAAUCGUGUGAAACUUGCAUGGGACCGGGGCAAGAUUCAUGUUUCACAUGUGCUCCGGCUCAUUUUUUAGUGGCAGAUUUGGCUGUUUGCCUACAACAAUGUCCUGAUGGAUAUUGGGAGGACACAGAUUCUGCAACUUGUCGGCCUUGUGCAGCUCAUUGUGCGACUUGUUCGGAAAGAGCGAAUGCGUGCACGUCGUGUGAACAUCACCUACUCCUGCACGAGGGCAGCUGUCUGGUCACAUGUCCGGCAGCGCACUACGAAACCGACGAUUACACUUGCGCCAAAUGCCACAAUUCGUGUGACACAUGCGUUGGACCAAAGGAAAACCAAUGCAUAACUUGUCACACUACAAAUUACGUGUUAGAUGGUAGCUGUGUGGCGACAUGUCCAGGCGGAUAUUACGUGGACAAAAAAAGGAAGGAAUGCGUGAGGUGUCCAGUUGGAUGUGCGACUUGCACAAGCGCUUUCUGUCUCACAUGCGAAACAAAUUGGGAAAUAAAUAAGAAGGGGAGAUGUCUCCCAGCUGGAUCUGAUCGAUGUUCGACCGGACAAUUCAUAGAUAAACUCGGCUGUAGCAGAUGUGACGACGCUUGUGAAUCGUGCUAUGGAGAGGGCGAAGGACACUGUCUAACUUGUCCAUCGCCUAAUUUGCUAGAAGAUUACAGAUGCGUUCCGGAAUGUAGCAGCGGAUAUUACGCGGAGGCCGGUCGGUGCAUUCGCUGCGUGCACGGUUGUACUGAAUGCGUUUCAAGACUCAACUGUACCAGCUGUGCUGGGUCCCUGAGACUGCAGUCUGGAGCUUGCAGGACUUCAUGCGCUGAUGGGUACUACGCUGAUCGCGGCGCCUGUUCCAAGUGCUAUUUAUCUUGCCGGACAUGUAUUGGGCCCCGUCGCGAUCAGUGCGCGUCCUGCCCUCAGGGUUGGAGGCUAGCCGCUGGAGAAUGUCACCCCGAAUGUCCUCAAGGAUUCUACAAAAGCGACGACGGCUGCCGUCAUUGUCACCACUACUGCCGGGAGUGCUCGGACUCCGGUCCGCUACACUGCACGUCGUGUCCGCCUCGUUUCGUGUUAGACGGCGGGCUUUGUAUGGAGUGCCUCGGCUCUCAGUACUACGAGGCGGGCAAUGGAACGUGCAGCACGUGCGAUCCGUCGUGUCGCACCUGCUACGGUUCGGGACAGUUCAGUUGUACAGGAUGCUCCAGGCCGCUGAGGCUCGAUAGAUUAAACAAUCAGUGCGUUCCGUGUUGUACGGACAGGGGGACGACGACCUCGCCCGGGACCGAAUGCUGCCAUUGUCAUCCCGAAACUGGUGAAUGCAUUAACUCAUCGGUGGCGGGAAAACGUCGUAUAGCCGAAUGGGGCGCUCUGCACACAGUGGAGAACGCUCGCAGUACGUCAGCUCCCAGCGCCGCCGCGAUAACCGUCAUGGUGUGUCUGUCCGCCGGUGCACUGUUCUUUGUCGUGCUGAUGAUACUACAGUGGCGUUCACCGCGCGACAAGCGAACACGAACCCGCGGGCUCGUCUACUACCCCCUCGCCUACAACGACGACGGCAAGGUUGUCGUCCUUGCUCCGCAUACGGCGUUCCCCUCAAGCGAGAGCAGGACGGAGGAACUACACGAGCACGAAGACGAACCGUUGCUCGAACAUUCCACAUAGCGCGCGCUGUGAUCGUAGAGAGUAAGUCUUAGGUGGAAUUUGAAAAAAAAUAAAAUAAAGCGUUCCAUAAAUUUAAAAAUCUUAGGUUCGUUUGAAUAUUUUAAAUUUUAUUUAGUACUAGCGACCCGCUUCGCUUCGGAAACUGUAAUUUAUUAUUGAUUUCUCCACCAUUUAAUGGAUGUUAUUAUACAUAUAAACCAUCACUCAAUCUAUUAAAAAAAACCGCAUCAAAAUCCGUUGCGUAGUUUUAAAGACUUAAGCAUACAUAGGGAUAUAGGGACAGAGAAAGCGACUUUGUUUUAUACUAUGUAGUGAUUGUGAUUUCUGUGCCUCAAAUUACAUACAGUAAGAUAAUUCGGUUACUUAUAGAUAAAGUAACUUAACUAAAACCACAAAUACAAAUAUAAUAUUUUACAAAAACGUGUUGUGAGGGCAUUCGUGACAAACACACAAAAACAACUUAAGAUUUUUAAAUUUAGACUGAUUGUAUUGUCAUUUUUAUACGCGUCUAGUUCAAACAAAUUAAAUAGCUUUUAAAAUUUAAUGUUAUCAAUUUUGAAAUGUAUAAUUUGCAAUUGGUUCCGUUUGAAAUAGUUGAUUCUAAAUGUGUCAAUAACAAGUUGAUGUUUUCUUGUUAUUAACAUAAAAAAUAUUACCUAAUUAAGGAAUAUGGAUGACAGAAAAAUCAAUUGAGAUUUUUUUCUAAAAUCAAUUUGCAUAACAAAAAGUCCAAUAAUUUAAAUUUUUUGAAAAAGAGUAUCCGAAUAUUAUAAAUGUAACAAUGCGUACUAUAUAAAAAGGAAAUGUAAUGAAAAAUGUGCUGAAAAUUUUUAAUAACAACGGACCAUUUAACAUUACUAUGUAUUAAGUCCAAUAUUUAUUAUAUAAUAUAUUAUUAUAAUAUAGGAUGCAAAUAACAUAACGUUGACAUGUAAAUAUGUUUAAACGUAGAAUAUAAUAUAGUAUGUAUUACAAUAUAUGUAGUUAGUUUAAUAAAAAUAAAUUAAAAAAUUGGUUUUCAUCGGUAAAACACAUAGUUGUAUUGAUGUAUUAGUUGAUUUUUUAAAAAAACGGUUCUCCUAGAAGCCCUUAUGACAUACUAUAAUGUAUUGUAGAUAAUACUGAUCAAAAACAUUGAAAGAUUGCAGAUUUUUAAAUUCUAGGAAGAAACUUCACACAUAUUUCCAUUCACUUUUAGUCUACAUUUAAAUUCCUUGAUGCGUGUUUGAUCUUCUCUUGGAUUUAUGUUACUAAUGGUCGUGUAGGAUAUUCGAAAGACGGAACUAUAUCGAGGGGUUUAAGGCUAUGUGGUUUAAGCACCAUUUUUGUUACAUUUUUGUUACUACUGGUGGUAGGACCUCUUGUGAGUCCGCGCGGGUAGGUACCACCACCCUGCCUAUUUCUGCCGUGAAGCAGUAAUGCGUUUCGGUUUGAAGGGUGGGGCAGCCGUUGUAACUAUACCGAGAUCUUAGAACUUAUAUCUCAAGGUGGGUGGCGCGUUUACGUUGUAGAUGUUUAUGGGCUCCAGUAAUCACUUUACACCAGGUGGGCUGUGACUCGUCCAACCAUAUAAGCAAUAAAUUUUUUUUUACAGAAAAACCAUAUAGAAUUUAAAAUUUGGAAAAUAUAUCAUUAAAAAAAAAAACUUCUUGACUUAUUUGAAUGGCGUAAAUAUAAUUGAAGUUCGGCUAACAAAGUCGCAUUUUUGAUGCUAAUAUCAAAUAAAACGGACCUUUAAUUACAAAGAUAAAUGUCGCGUAAACCUUUCAUCCCUCGACAUCAUCUUUUUGAUCAGUUACAAGGAACAGACCUUUCAUCACGAGUCACAUUAAAAAAAAGUAUAUUAUAUAUAAAAUUGAAUUUGUUGUUCGUGUAGUAUACGUUCUUUAACUAUCGCGAUACGUAAAUACAAUUAAAAAAAAUUUUUACAGCUUAAUCUCGCAUUUAUUAUUUACGACUUGUCGAAAAAUUUUAAGUUUUCAUAUCGAUUGUAAAGUGUUUGAAUGCGAUAUUGAACCGCAAAGGUAGUUCUAAUUAUUGAAGUUAUACUUCUUUAGGCGCGUUAUGAAAAAUUGAUGAGAGUGAAAUUUUACGAUGCGCGCGCACCGUGACACAAAAUUAACAGAAAUGAAGUUGCCCACUAAAUCGCUCAUUGCAAUACGUUCGACGUAACUUGGCGAGUCUGAAUAUAGCCGCAGGUGAACUUUCCGAACCUUACCGAGAAUUACCGAGUUUAUACGAUGUUUCAGAAAAGGAAUGUCCAAUAUGCGUGUUUGAGGAUGUUGUUUAAUCGGGUUUUUUUUCAAAUUGAUUAAAAUUUAAACAAAAAAAAAAGAAAUAAAUUUAAUAAAAAUAAUGUAUAACUUCUUACGCGCGUACACGCACCCUUUUUUGUAUUGUUUUUUGUUAUCUGGUCCUCGAUAAAUUCGAUCAAUAAGUCAACACCCACAAUAAUUAUCGGGUUGGCCUUCAAAUCGAUUAACAUAUUCGAUAAACCCAGACGACGUGAAAACAUAUCUGCAAACUCCUAGUAUCUCUAACCUUGAGUGACCACUUGGACCAAAUCUAUCAAAUUAAAUGAUUGGUUUCACAAAUACUAGUAAAGUCGGUUAGAUCGUCUCUCUCCGCUGUCAUGAUUGAAUGCGAAUGUAAAGGGCCUAUUAAUUGAGUUUUUUCAACUCAAUUAGUGUUUCGUUGUGAGCGAGGUCGGACUAUACUCUGACAGAGGUUGAGAAGGAUAAUUAUAGUAGUUUAGUUAUGUAAAUUGGUCUUUGUGUGAGUUCAGUGAUUUGUGUAGUUCUCGCUGAGAAAAAUCGAACCUUGCUAUGACCGCUAAAAAUUAUGAGGUUGAUUGAUAACGAUGAGGAUGGGGAUGGGGAUGAUUUUAGUCUCGUAAAAAAAAAUUCACAGUACAUGUAGAACUGAAUCAACCUAGUUAAUUGUUACUUAAAAAUAAGCCAAACUGUUACAAAUAACUAAUGGAAAUAUGUCCCUCGUUGCAGACCCGAAAUGUCAUAAGGGCUUACAAAAUUCGCGGAACGUUUAAAACCGUAAAUAAAAUUAGAUAGAGUAUAAAAUUGUAAGUUAAAAGAACAAAACGUUCGUUGACGUUAUUGUCCUCUGCCGUAUUGUAUUGUGAUAAAUAAAUAAAUAAUUAAUGAUACACAAAUUAAUCGACAGUAAAUAUUAGAAUCUCUAUUCACAGUCUAUAGAUUUGUAGAUAUCGCUAGAUAGUGGCAUCUCAGCACGUCAAAUUGUACCUAUACAUUCGACGAGUAUCUAAUUUGACAAAUGUUAAAUAUAUUCUAGAAUAAUGUAGAUAAUAUUAAUUCGUACUUGGAGCGUGGCCACUGUUUCUCAAAGUGUAGGCGACGGGGCAUUGUGUAAACAAAACUGAAGUGACUUUAGACACUGGAUGCGAUUGUAUCGUAAAAAGGGCCACUUAUAGCCAAACAUUAUUAUUCUUUUUGUACGAUAUGUAGUCGAAUAUACCUAUAAUUAAUGUUUAUGAUGUCAGAAAACAGUUACUAUUAAAUCGAUAUAUAAAUAACACAAGAUCUAAAUUCGAUUUAAGUUUUGAAAAUAAAUGUUCACUGUCUUUCUCUUGCUAAGCGAAUAUUAACGAGAGUGACUGAAAUUGCACUAUUACUUUGAGUUUCGGAAGGUUCUCGGUUUUUAAACAGUGCAUAUUAUUAUCAGCGCUAACACACAUGGUGACAAAGUUUAAAAUCGUUUCCACAAAAAUAGCUUACGUCUAUCGUAGGGAAAGGUAGCGGUUUAAGCGAAAUGUGAUUGUGCACGGGUGGCUGCCGACCGUAUUUAUUGCAAAAUCAGUUUUGCAACACGCGAGUCUGUGCAACUAAACUGCUUUCACAACUCUUAAACUUUACCACUGGGUAAUUCGAAAAUAAACCUAAAGCUCAUAAAUUCACGGAAUUUCAACAGAUAAAUAAAACCUACUUCAUUCAAUUGAUUAUUCACAAAACAGUUGCCUAUGAAAAGUAUUCAAUUAAAAUCACUCUAAAGUAUGUAGGUACUGAAAUCAUUUGCCUGAUGUUUUCUUCACGGAAACAACAAUAAAUGUUGUUCUGACGUUUGACACACGAGAUAUUUGACAGUCGAGUGACAUUGACAGAUGUGGGAUCAUUGAACGUUUAACUGAUUUAGGUAUUGGCGUUAUCGGAGUUGUUUUUUCUUCAUGAUGGCUCCACGUCGAUUUGCUUGUAGGCUAGCACACUGUUUUAGUUAAAUAAGUUGAGAGUUACCAUAUUUUUAGAUGAAUUCACCGAUGAAUCACAUACGCAUGUGAUUUAGACGUUCAUAAAAAGUACCUCUACAAAUUCGAUUGCAGAAAUUUUAGCGUAUUUUGAUUUUUAUAGAAACAUUUACAAUCGAAAAUUGGUAGUUUGAAAGUAAAUUUUUACGAGUCUUCUAUCUGUGUGGAAGUUCACUAGUUUUUAUUUUAGAAAUACGUAACUUAAAUUGAUGCCUUUCUAUUAAUUUUUUUGUCUUUAAGUAAUUUUUCAAAUUAUUUUUAAUUAUAUUUUUGAGAAAAAAAGAAACUAUUUGAUGUAAGCAGCUACUACUACUUACUACUUACUACUUGAACUAAACAUUUCAAAGAAAAUUUGUCACAAUAAUGAAUUCUGGAGUAUUUUGAAGUCUCAAAUUAUAAUACAUAUAUUUAAGAGAAUAAAUAAUAAAUAGUUUUAAUUACACGUGAUAGAUAAAUAUCGCUUGUUUAAAGUCGGUUUAAUAACGAGUCGUAACGUUACCACUUACCAUCACAAAUGUAUAUAAUCAGUUAGCUAGAAUCUUGAAUUGUUAUUUUAAAACAUCUUGUGAGAACCAAAUGUUCGGAUCAUUGACCUCUAUGAAAUCUUAAAAAGCCAUUUAACAUGACAAACGUACGAAAUUGUUUUGAAAAUAAACGUGAAACCUUAUGUAGAAUUAUAAUAGGGUUUAAAAUAAAAAUAUAUUAUUGAAAGUUUCUGUUACAUAAUAAAAAUGUUACUCCUAUUAAGGUUUUGUUUUAAAUUUAAAAAAAAAAGUUCAUAUAAACUUUUACCUUUCGUAUCAAUUAUGAAUAUAAAAUAAAAUGUAAAAUUUAUAUAUGUAAUAGCAUAUUUUUUUCUAAACUUUUUAUUUUUCUUUUGUUUUUAGAAUAUUUAUGAAUAAAAUGAAAAAAUGCCGUUUUGACGUUUUACUUUUUAAUUGGUAGUGCGUUUAUAAUUUAGAAUAUAUUUUUGUAUGACAUGUUCUUAUGUGCAAUUAAUGUUUAUAAUAAAAGCGAAAUCUGUCCAAA